UGGCACAUUAGUGGGUAGAGUUGACUCGCAGGCUAGCUGGCUGUGGCUCUCCAAUAAGUCCAACAUGUUCCUAUGUUCCUGCUACAUUACUACCCGUUUAUUCUUGGCUUCAUCUUCCCUGAAAAGUUAAAUAUUUUCUAGAUGGUCUCAACUAAGAACAACAGCUCUCAUCAUACUUCCUUUUUGAGAGUGGAAAUGCAAGUUGAUUGAUUACAGAAAUGGGAGGAAAACAGCAUUAUAUUUUAACCAGUGUGUAAAGAAGGCUCUUAUGUAACCUGUUAUCAGGGCCCUUUUCUUCAGAGAAAUUUGUUUUUCUGCAAAGAACUGUUGGGAUGAAGUUUUAUAGCUUUGGAGUCCUGGUAGCCACUGUCCUCGUUUUUGAACAACAUGUCUUCGCAUUUCAAAGUGGCCAGGUUUUAUCUGCUCUUCCUAGAAGCUCUAGGGAAGUUCAAAUUCUGCAGAGUCUUACUACAACAUAUGAGCCAGUAACAGCUGACUUUAUUGUAAAAGCAAAAGAAGUCCAUUUUUUUGUGAAUGCAGUUGAUAUAAUCAAUGUGAAAUCCCAUUUACAUGAGAACAGAAUUCCAUUCAGUAUCUUGAUGGAAGAUGUGGAAGAUCUUAUCCGCCAGCAGACUUCCAAUGAUACCAUCAGCCCCUGCCAGCAGACUUCCAAUGAUACCAUCAGCCCCCGGGCCUCCUCCUCAUACUAUGAAAAUUAUCACCCACUAAAUGAAAUCUAUUCUUGGAUGGAUGUUAUAACUGAGCAGUAUCCUGAUAUGAUUGAAAAAAUCCACAUUGGAUCCUCAUAUGAGAAGCGUCCGCUUUAUGUUUUAAAGGUUUCUGAAAAACAACAAGCAGCCAAAAAUGCUGUUUGGAUUGACUGUGGACUCCAUGCCAGAGAAUGGAUCUCCCCUGCUUUCUGCUUGUGGUUCAUAGACCAUGUAAGUCAGUUAUCUGGGGAAGAAAAUCUGUUUACCAAUAUUCUGAGGCACCUGGAUUUCUAUGUUAUGCCGGUAGUUAAUGUGGAUGGUUAUGACUACUCUUGGAAAAUGAAUCGAAUGUGGAGAAAGAACCGUUCUGAUCAUGAAAACAAUCCUUGCACUGGAACAGAUCUGAACAGGAACUUUGCAUCCAAACACUGGUGUGAGAAGGGUGCAUCAAGUUUCUCGUGCUCGGAAAUCUACUGUGGCCUUUUCCCUGAGUCAGAACUAGAAGUGAAGGCAGUGGCUAAUUUCUUGAGAAGAAAUAUCAAUCAUAUUAAAGCUUAUAUCACAAUGCAUUCAUACUCCCAGAAGAUAGUGUUUCCAUAUUCUUACAACAGAAGCAGAAGCAAAGACCAUGAGGAACUGUAUCUACUGGCCAGUGAAGCAGCCCAGGCUAUUGAGAAUAUUAGUAAAGAUACCAGAUAUACAUAUGGCAGUGGCUCAGAAAGUUUAUAUCUAGCUCCUGGAGGUCCAGAUGACUGGAUCUAUGACUUGGGCAUCAAAUAUUCCUUUACAAUUGAACUUCGACGUACAGGCAAAUAUGGAUUCUUGCUGCCAAAGCAUUUCAUCAAACCUACUUGCAGAGAAGCUCUUGCUGCUCUCUCUAAAAUAGCUUGGCAUGCCAUCAGGAAUGCUUAAUGCUCUUGAUUUUUACACUCUGUUCUCACAUUUUAAUUUACCAAUUCCAAGACCAAAUCAUUGUACCAGUUUCUUUUUUAAGUUUUAUCAUAGUUUUGGUAAAAGGUUUUCUUAUUCCUUGGUUUUGUCAGAGAACAAAAUAAGUGUAAUAAAUAAAUUCACAUUUUCCCCUUUUGUUUAACUUGUAAGAAGCUAGGUACUGAGUUUUUUUCUUUAAUUCAUGAUGUUUGACUAACUGUAACCAGACAACCAAUGGGCCCUGGCUGCUUGUCACUACUUGAGCUAAUUGAGAAGAGACAGGGUUGAAUCAUAUAUGAGUGUUUAUUCCAAUAAAGCCGGCAGCAUGGGAGAGGGAGAGCAGCAGGUCAUCCACAAAAAUCUGCUCUGCCCCUCCCCACAAGCCAGCUGCUUAUAUUGGGUAGAGGGACAAAGAUUAUGUAGGAAAGUAGGCAAGGCAUAAUGGUUACAGGCCAUGUGGGUUUGGGGGUCGUCCAGGGACUAGGACUAAAUUGUUUAAUUUUUCCAUAAUAGGUAGUUCUGGAAGAAGGAAAUGAACUGCAUUCUGAUGUAGGCUCUCAUAUCCCAGGAACUACAUCUUUCAGCCAGGUUAAAAUGUGCUUUCUCUCAUCAGAAUAGAAAAAUCAUGGUCAACAGAGCAUGAUUAAUAUUUUUUAUAAUUAUAGCUAGUCCCCAAUAGUCUAUUUCUGCCCCUAACAUAACCACCUCAAGUAAUUUUAAUAACUAGUUUAAUGCAAAUGAUUAGACCCUAAACAUGAAAAAAAAAAGGUUGCCAGAAAUACAUUAAAUAUUUUUGCUUUAAUUUUCAACAAAUUCUGCUUGUGCCUUUAAAAACACAGCCGUGCUUCCGUUCGCGCCACAGGAAUAGACAGACCAUGGCCCAGAAAGUGGAGUGUCAAUAACAGAAUAAACGUUUCCUGUCGCUCCAGCUCAGCGUUCAUUAAACUUUGUAGAGCCAAUGAAUGUACUUACUUUCGACAACAAAUGUGGCCUUUACCACAUUUACAACAGCUUAUUGCAAGAACUAAGAACUAAUGUAAUAAAAGAACAAAGC